AUGUCCGGAGGCAUGAAGUUCAACGGCUACAUGAAGGUGCGGAUCGGGGAGGCCGUGGGGCUGCAGCCCACGCGCUGGUCCCUCCGCCACUCGCUCUUCAAGAAGGGCCACCAGCUCCUGGACCCCUACAUCACGGUGAGCGUGGACCAGGUGCGCGUGGGGCAGACCAGCACCAAGCAGAAGACCAACAGGCCCACGUUCAACGAGGAGUUCUGCACCACGGUCAGCGAGGCGCGCAAGCUGGAGCUGGCCGUCUUCCAUGGCACCCCCAUCGGGUACGACGACUUCGUGGCCAACUGCACCGUGCACUUCCAGGAGCUGCUGCAGGGCACCGGGUCCUCUGAUAGCUUUGAAGGCUGGGUCGACCUGGAGCCAGAAGGAAAAGUGUUUGUAGCAAUCACCCUCUCAGGAAGUUUCACUGAAGGAACUCUCCAGCGGGACCGGCUUUUUAAAAACUUCACCCGGAAACGCCAGCGGGCCAUGCGCCGGAGAGUCCACCAAGUCAACGGACAUAAGUUUAUGGCCACGUAUUUACGACAGCCCACGUACUGUUCGCACUGCCGGGAAUUCAUCUGGGGCGUAUUUGGGAAGCAAGGAUACCAGUGCCAAGUUUGCACGUGUGUUGUACACAAGCGUUGCCACCAUCUCAUUGUGACAGCGUGCACAUGCCAGAAAAAUAGCAAGAAGGCAGACAUGAAGAUUUCCGAGCAGAGGUUUGGAAUCAACAUCCCGCACAAGUUCCGAAUCCAUAAUUAUAAAGUGCCAACUUUCUGUGACCACUGCGGCUCCUUGCUUUGGGGGAUCAUGCGGCAGGGCCUCCAGUGCAAAAUGUGCAAAAUGAAUGUACAUAUACGAUGUGAAGCCAAUGUAGCACCCAACUGUGGGGUGAACGCAGCAGAACUUGCCAAGACGCUGGCAUGUAUGGGUCUGCAGCCAGGGAAUAUUUCUCCCAAUGGGAAACUCGUCUCCAGGUCGACGCUGAGACGCCAGAAAAAAGAGAGCGCGAAGGACGAGAACGGAGUAGCUGAAGUUUCGGCCAGUAGGCUGAAGAUCGAGGACUUACUCUUCAUCCGAGUGUUGGGGAAGGGCAGUUUUGGAAAGGUGAUGCUGGCAAAAACCAAAGAGACGGGCUAUCUCUAUGCCAUCAAAGUGCUGAAGAAAGACGUGAUCCUCCAAGAUGACGAUGUGGAAUGCACCAUGACCGAGAAACGGAUCCUGGCCCUGGCCAGGAACCACCCUUUCCUCACCCAGCUCUUCUGCUGCUUUCAGACCCCUGACCGCCUCUUCUUUGUCAUGGAGUUUGUGAACGGAGGGGACCUGAUGUUCCACAUUCAGAAAUCCCGCCGCUUCGACGAAGCCCGAGCCCGCUUCUACGCUGCAGAAAUAAUUUCCGCUCUCAUGUUCCUCCACGAGCAGGGCAUCAUUUACAGGGACCUGAAGCUAGAUAACGUGUUGCUGGAUCACGAAGGCCACUGCAAGCUGGCGGACUUUGGGAUGUGCAAAGAAGGCAUCCGGGACGGAGUCACCACCGCGACGUUCUGUGGGACGCCCGACUACAUCGCCCCAGAGAUUUUGCAGGAGAUGCUCUAUGGCCCCGACGUCGACUGGUGGGCCAUGGGAGUGCUGCUGUAUGAAAUGCUCUGUGGCCACGCCCCCUUCGAAGCCGAAAAUGAAGACGACCUCUUUGAAGCCAUCCUCAACGAUGAGAUCGUUUACCCCUCUUGGCUCCAGGAGGAUGCUGUGGUGAUCCUGAAAGCAUUCAUGACGAAGAACCCCAAAAUGCGCCUGGGCAGCUGUGCGUUGGGUGGGGAGAGAGCGAUCCUCCUGCACCCCUACUUUAAGGAACUGGAUUGGGACCUCCUGAACCUGCGCCAGAUUGAGCCACCGUUCCGGCCUCGGAUCAAAUCGAAAGAGGACGUGAGCAAUUUUGACCCUGAAUUUUUAAAAGAAGAGCCUCUUCUAACCCCCAUUGAAGAAGGAAUGCUUUCAAUGAUCAACCAAGAAGAAUUUAGAAACUUUUCUUAUACGGAUCCAGAACUGCAGUCAUAG